AUGAGUCGAGUGUGGUUCAUGUUUCUUCCAGCAGUGCUAGCCGCUUUAUUGGUGACCUCCGAAGCUGCUAUCAUACGUUUGACAUGUGAGAUUUCCGAUGGAAAGUGUUUGUUAAAAAACAUCUUCGCCACCGAGGACGAUCGUUUCAAAGAGAUCCGAAAUGAAGGUUAUCGGGAUAUAAUCGAUUUUUUCGAUUGCCACAUUCACACGCUACCCCCCAUUCCGUUCAUCCGCAAAGUUAAGGCAGACGCCAUCAAUCUGGUGCGUAUCGAAGAAAACACUUUCAGUACUAUCACCGUGCUGGAUGUUUCCUACAAUCGGUUACGCGAGAUCUCACCGAAAGCCUUCGAGUGGCCCAAAGAACUGCAUGAACUCAACCUGAGCGGUAAUCCAACGUUAAAAGAUUUCACCUUUCUGCGUGCCCUCGUCGGUCUACGGAGGCUGGACAUGUCGGAGAUGAAGCUCGAGCUGGACCUGAUCGAUCUUUACACCUUCUCAGCGAUGGAGGAUUUGAGCAAAUUAGACAUGAGCAACAACCGCAUCGCAUCUAUACCCGUCGGCAUGUUUGCGCAGUUAGUUGGUCUGAAUUCGUUGGAUUUAAGUCAUAACUCGAUAGCGAAGAUUGCAGCGGGUGCACUGGCGAUUGAUGGGCAAAGGAUCGACUUUGAUCUGUCCUACAACAAUAUCAGCAUCAUCGAAAACAAUGCAUUUAUGCAUGCGUCUAAAAUCAAUCUGCGCAACAACAAACUGCUCGGCGUUGGCCCCUAUGCCUUCGAUAACCAGACAAACCUUGGAACCCUGAUCCUUUCCGGGAACGUUCAGCUGAAAAACUUUGAUUUUCUGCACAAUUUACCGAAUCUCCACACGCUCGAGAUGUCGGGUAUGAAUUUCUCGUUCGACGGCAUCCCGCGCAACAUGUUCGACGAUCUGGUCGCACUCGCGACACUGGACUUAUCACACAAUCGGAUCAGCAAGCUCCCGAUUGGCAUCUUUGCCGAACUACAGUCACUCAACUUUGUCAAUCUACGCCAUAAUCUCAUCAAACACAUCGAGUUCGGGACGUUCUCCAUGCGGAAAUACGAUCUCAUUGACGAGAUCGAUCUGUCCUACAACGAAAUAGAGGAGAUGAACUUCCUCGUGUUUGUGCCGUUAAAGUAUCUUAAAACGCUGCUGCUUCACGGAAACAAAAUAACUUACGUCAACGCAAAGCAGCUUAUACGAAACAAGAGCCUGCAGAACUUCGGUAUACAGAAAAAUCGGGUGCGAUGCUACGACCUUGUAGACCUGCUCGGUUCGCUGAAACUAGUGCUCGAUCAGGAUGAAUUCAUUUCCGACCAACCAAACGUAGACGGGAUUAAAUGUGAACCGUAAAAAUCCAUCUAGAUUCUAAAGAGUGAAAGUUUUAAUUGUUUUCUUUCGAUAGUUACAAUAAAGGCCAUGCUGGUUGCGUGGUUCCGGUCCGCUUUGUACAACGACGAAGUUCAACUCCAUUCGCGAAAUGGAAACGUUUCACGGAAUUCUCCCGAAACCAUGGACUGCUGUGGUUGUGGUAACCAUUCCCAUAUCCGUAUCGUUUCCAAUCUAUUUGUUGAAUCAAUAUCAAAGGAUCCGCCGCUUAGCUCAGCCCAAACUGAAAUACAAUCAUAAGCAACAGGUCGCCUAGCGACCAAACCAAUGCUUCCCGCGCCAACAUUCACGGUCGAAAUUUGGUUUAUUUGUUUUCCCUGCUGUUGAUAUCGUGGUUUAACUGUUCGAUCCUAUUGUUGUAUCGCGGACCGCAACAUUAUCCUGUCGUUUUAUGAUGAGCUACUUAACACCUAAGCGAAUAUGGAUUUUCUCCACCACGAGAAUCAACAAGGCGAAUUAUCUUUCUGUGGUUUCGUAAUGCCGGCCGUUCACCUAAAUCAUUGCUAGUGCUCAUCAUAUUCGAGAGUGAUUUCAGAGUCUGUUUGUGUACUUUUUGUGAUUUUGUUUUAUGAAAUUAUAUAACCAUUUCCUCGCAUUAACUGAUCGACGAUUGUUUUUUGUUUUGUAGGAAAACCGCGACAGAAGCUCGCAAAAUCGUGUCAUACUUUUUGUGAUUUAACUUAUCGCUCCAACAAGCCAGCUCGAACCCAAGCUGUUUGCACUCAUUAGUCCAGUACAGCUCGAUGGGCUAGCCUUGUGCGAUUAGAUUAUCAGUACCAGUCGCGUUGAUGUGGUAUAAUUUGCCUACAAAUGUAGGUGUAACUUGGCGGAAUUUCGAACUCCAUGGUGAAACUUAAUUUACCAAGUUCGGAGGGCAACGGAGAGUGUUCACCCGCCCCAUC